UAUCUCGCACAGCACCCACCAUCACUUGCAUCGCGCGAGAGAAACAAAGAAAGAAAAGGCAGAGAGAGCGUUCGCUAGGGUUUGUUCUUGCGCCAUGAGUCACAGAGGAAUGGACGACGAUGAUGAGGAGGAGUACGAGGAGGACGAGCAGGUAGCCGACUUCGAUGAGGAGGCAGAGGAGGAAGAGGACGAUAGGGGGCGCGGCAGCGGCGGCAGGAAGCGUCGGAGAUCUGAUUUCAUCGAUGAUGAUGCUGAGGAGGUGGAUGAGGAUGAGGAGGAGGAGGACGAUGACGAUGAUUAUGGGGGUGGUGGCGGCCGCAGGCGCCAGAAUAGGAAAGCCUCUGCUUCUCAUUUCUUCGAUGACAUAGCGGAGGUGGAUUCAGAUGGGGAAGAAGAAGAAGAGGAAGGGGAGGACGAUUUCUUUGUUGAUAAUGGAAAUGAUAUUCCUGAGGACAAUGUCAGUAGGAGCAGACUUCAUAGGCCUUUGCAUGAGCAAGAUAAUGAAGAUUUUGAAGCUUUAGAAAGACACAUCCAGGAAAGAUAUGCAAGGCGUGUGGAAUCUUUUGAUGAAGAGGCUACAGAUGUAGAACAGCAAGCUCUUUUGCCAUCUGUUAGAGAUCCAAAGCUGUGGAUGGUGAAAUGUCAGAUUGGUCAUGAGAGAGAGACAGCUGUUUGCCUUAUGCAAAAGUAUAUAGAUAAGGGGGCUGAAUUGCAAAUCAGGUCAGCUAUUGCCCUUGAUCAUCUUAAAAACUAUAUUUAUGUGGAAGCAGAUAAAGAGGCCCACGUGAGAGAGGCUAUUAAGGGUUUAAGGAACAUAUAUGGGGCGUCAAAAAUAACACUAGUUCCAAUAAGAGAAAUGACGGAUGUGCUGUCAGUUGAAAGCAAAGCAAUUGAUCUUGCCAGAGAUACUUGGGUCAGAAUGAAGAUUGGCACAUAUAAAGGGGACCUUGCCAAGGUAGUUGAUGUUGAUAAUGUGAGGCAGAGGGUUACGGUGAAACUGAUUCCAAGGAUAGACUUGCAGGCGCUUGCAAAUAAACUGGAAGGUAGAGAAGUUGUGAAAAAGAAGGCGUUUGUCCCUCCUCCUCGUUUUUUAAAUGUUGAUGAAGCUAGGGAACUGCAUAUUCGUGUCGAGCAUAGACGUGAUGCCUAUGGGGAAAGAUUUGAUGCAAUUGGAGGAAUGAUGUUUAAGGAUGGAUUCUUGUACAAAACUGUAUCAAUAAAAUCCAUCAAUGCUCAAAACAUCAAACCUACUUUGAAUGAACUUGAAAAAUUUCGAAAACCUGGUGAGAGUGGUGACAGCGAUGUAGCAAGUCUGUCAACUUUGUUCGCUAACAGAAAGAAAGGCCAUUUUAUGAAAGGUGAUGCUGUAAUUGUUGUGAAGGGUGAUUUGAAGAAGUUGAAGGGGUGGGUGGAGAAAGUAGAUGAAGAUAAUGUUCAUAUAAGACCAGAAUUGAAGGGUCUUCCUAAAACCCUUGCUGUAAAUGAAAGGGAACUUUGUAAAUAUUUUGAACCUGGAAACCACGUUAAGGUUGUUACUGGUGCUCAAGAGGGUGCUACCGGCAUGGUUGUGAAGGUGGAACAGCAUGUAUUGAUUCUAUUAUCUGACACAACAAAAGAACAUAUCCGUGUGUUUGCAGAUGAUGUUGUGGAGAGUUCUGAAGUGACCACUGGAAUUACAAAAAUUGGGGACUAUGAACUUCGUGAUCUUGUAUUGUUAGAUAAUAUGGACUUUGGUGUAAUAAUUCGUGUAGAAAGCGAGGCAUUUCAGGUUCUUAAGGGGACUGCAGACAGGCCUGAAGUUGCACUUGUUAAAUUAAGAGAGAUUAAAUGCAAGGUAGAGAAGAAAAUAAAUGCGCAGGAUAAGCAUAAGAAUACAAUCUCAGUAAAGGAUGUUGUGCGAGUUGUCGAAGGUCCUUGCCAUGGAAAAUCUGGUCCUGUGGAGCACAUAUUUAGGGGGUUCUUGUUCAUCUAUGAUCGCCAUCAUCUUGAACAUGCAGGCUUUAUAUGUGCUAGGGCUGGCUCGUGUGUGGUCGUUGGAGGUUCACGUUCGAGUGGUGACAGAAACGGUGAUGCCUACUCAAGAUUCCCUGGCCUUAGAACUCCACCUCGUAUUCCCCAGUCCCCAAGAAGGUUUUCACGAGGAGGGCCUCCAAUUGAUUCUGGAGGAAGGCACAGGGGUGGAAGAGGACACGAUGGUUUGGCUGGUGCAACAGUCAAAGUACGCCAGGGUGCUUAUAAAGGUUAUCGUGGACGUGUAAUAGAAGUUAAAGGCACAACAGUUCGGGUUGAAUUGGAGUCCCAAAUGAAGGUUGUGACGGUUGAUCGCAACCAUAUAUCGGAUAAUGUAGCUGUAACCCCACAGCGUGAAACUCGAUAUUCGAUUGGAUGUGAAACCCCAAUGCAUCCUUCUCGAACUCCCCUACAUCCAUAUAUGACCCCUAUGAGAGAUCCUGGAGCAACUCCUAUACAUGAUGGAAUGAGGACACCAAGGCGUGACCGGGCAUGGAAUCCUUAUACCCCAAUGAGUCCGACUAGGGACUGGGAAGAUGGAAAUCCAGGCUCAUGGGGAACCAGCCCACAGUCCCAGGCAGGAAGCUCACCUUCACGGCUAUAUGAAGCCCCCACUCCUGGUGCUGGUUGGGGUAGCACUCCUGGCGGAAACUAUAAUGAGGCUGGAACACCGCAUGACUCAUACGUAAAUGUUGCGAGCCCAUAUUUACCAUCAACACCUGGUGGGCAGCCUAUGACGCCAAAUUCCGCGGUGUAUCUUCCCAGCACCCCUGGAGGACCACCCAUGACUCCAGGAACUGGUGGUCUGGACAUGAUGUCCCCAGUUUUAGGUGGGGACAAUGAGGGGCCAUGGUUUAUGCCAGACAUAUUAGUUAAUGUACAUAGGCCAGGUGAAGAAUCUGUUGGAGUUAUAAGAGAGGUUCUUCCGGAUGGGUCUUGCAAGGUAGCGCUUGGCUCAAGUGGAAAUGGUGAAACGAUAACUGCCCUUCCCAAUGAAAUGGAGGCCGUGGUGCCAAGGAAAUCAGACAAAAUAAAGAUAAUGGGUGGAGCAUUGAGGGGGUCUACAGGCAAGUUGAUUGGUGUAGAUGGUACUGAUGGUAUUGUAAAGGUAGAUGACACAUUGGAAGUCAAGAUUUUAGACCUAGUUAUUUUGGCUAAAUUAGCUCAACCAUGAUUAGGCUUGUCUUAGGAAAAAAAUUUACUUAAAUGCACAAGCUUUUCGUCCUUCA